AUGACUGCAGGCUUCCACGUCCACGUCCCCUUCAAGGCACUGACCAUCGCCGGCAGCGACAGCGGCGGAGGAGCAGGAAUCCAGGCUGAUCUCAAGACCUUCACUUCACUCGAGACCUUUGGUACUUCAGUCAUCACCUCGGUGACCUCACAGAACACCCUUGCUGUCGAUGGCAUCCAUGCGAUCCCCGCUGCCUUUGUCGCCCAACAGCUCGAGGCUGUCCUUUCCGACAUCGGCACCAACGCCAUCAAGACAGGCAUGCUGUGUAACGCCGAGAUCGUGUCGGCAGUCGCAAAGACUCUUCGCAAGUUCUAUCCAGACUCGGAAAAGAAUGUCCCCAACCUGGUCGUCGACCCCGUCAUGAUUGCCACCUCUGGCGCCGCACUCCUCGACUCGAACGCCAUCGAGACCCUGAUCAAGGACAUCCUGCCCCUCUGCCUCGUUCUCACCCCCAACGUCCCCGAGGCAGAGUUCAUCCUCGCCAACCACCAAAAGACAAACACCGCGAUCAAGAUCGACUCAUUGGAUCAGAUGAAACUCGCUGCUCAGGAGCUGGCUCGCUUGGGACCCUCGAUCAUUCUCUUGAAAGGCGGCCACUUACCUCUUUACAAGUCCAGUGGCAAGGCUGUCCCCCAUGAACUGUUUGACUCGAUCAGCGAUCUGUCGGUUGAGAUGGAGGAGCUCGAGUUGGUUGACUUGAUCUGGGAUUCUCGCACCGGCGUCUUUACAGAGCUCCGCAAGGACUUUUUGAGGACUAGCAGCACCCACGGCACAGGGUGUACUCUCAGCGCCGCCAUUGCCGCCUACCUUGCCCAUGGAUUCGAAGCUCACGAGGCCAUCACCAAGGCUACCGACUACAUCCAAUCAGCCAUUCGCGACGGACUCACUGUUGGAAAUGGCAAGGGCUGCUUGAACCAUUUCCACCACGUCGUCCCUCGCUCUAUCGAAAAGCCUACGCGUUACAACCCUCACCCAUUGACCAGCCACCUCCUCCAGGCAUGCAAGGACGACUGGGAGAAAUAUACCCAACAUGCCUUUGUUCAGGGUAUCGCCGACGGAACAUUGCCCAAGGAGAGUUUCAUCCACUACAUGAAGCAGGACUACUUGUUCUUACAGACUUAUGCGCGUGCACACGGAUUGGGAGCCUUCAAGGCCCGCACUAUGGCUGAGUCCAAGGCCUUUGCCGAAAUUGUCGUUCAUAUUGCUGAUGAAUCCAAGUUGCACGUCGACUACUGUGCAAAGUGGGGAAUUACUUACGAGGAGAUGGUGAACACACCUGAGAGCAUGGCCAACGUCGCCUACACCCGCUACGUCUUGGACAUUGGAAUGACGGGAGACCUUUUGGAGUUGGGCUUGGCGAUUGCACCCUGUCUGAUCGGAUACGGCCAGAUCGGCGAACGCCUCUACAGCGACCCCAACACGCUCAAGGGUGAUGCCAACCCAUACUGGGAGUGGAUCAAGAACUACAAGGACAGCGACUACCAGUCUGCUGUCACCCGUGGAAUUGCCAACUUGGAGCGCCAGUGCAACAUCCAACAGCCUUCGGCUCACCGCCUCAAGCAGCUGGAGGAAGUAUUCCGAACAGCAACUCGUCUCGAAGCGUCCUUCUGGGACAUGGCUCUGCACCAGCUGUAA